AUGCGCAUUAUAUCAUCUACAUGGUGCGUGCUGCUGCUGCUGCUAGCGAUUGCGGUUACCGCGUCGCAUGAGCCGCGCUUCCACGUGCGUCCGCCCACCAAUUGGAUCAACGACCCCAACGGGCCUUACCGUGACCCCAUCACAAAACAGAUGCAUCUGUACAUGCAGUACAACCCACACGACUCGGUGUGGGGAAGUAUAAAUUGGUACCACUUCACCUCGAUGGAUUAUGUGAAGUGGCAGGAUCAAGGCAUUGCACUAAAGAACGAUAAUGAAUACGAUCGCAGAGGUGCAUACAGCGGAUCCAUCACGCAAGGCGCUGAUGGUACACCCGUUGUAAUGUAUACGUGUGCUGCAGAUGGUGACGUGCAGCGACAAUGCAUUGCUUUACCACCCAAAGAAGAUGUUCAAUCUGAUGGCAAACGUUCGCUCAACUCGUUUGUUAAGCUUCCCACAAAUCCUGUAUUGACAGAG